GCCUUUGUCCAUUCGGACAAAGAUAUAUUGAUUGCCUGGGGUCUGUCUCUCACUGAAGAGAAAUACUUUUGGUGAAAGCAUUUGAGAGAGAGAGAGAGAGAGAGAGAGAUGGAUGUAAAUUAUUACAAGGAUGGAGUACUGCCCUUUGCAGCACUGGUUAUGGUAGAGGUUUGCAACGUGGGCAUGGUGACACUAAGCAAAGCAGCUAUGACAAGUGGGAUGAGCAACUUUUCUUUUGUUGUUUACUACAAUGCUCUUGGCACCUUCAUCCUUUUCCUGUAUUACAUCUUCCACCGCUACAGAAGCAGGGGACCUCCUCUCACUUUCUCCCUCCUCUUAAAGUUCUUCCUCCUUGGACUCCUUGGGAUUUGUUUGGAGCAGAUUUGUGCUAUUGCAGGUAUCAAAUACAGCUCUUCAACUCUUGCAAUGGCUAUGGGAAACCUUAUUCCAGGUUUUACAUUCUUGCUUGCAGUCACUUUCAGGAUGGAAGAACUAGCUCUGAGAAGUACAAGCAGUCAGGCUAAAAUUAUAGGCACCAUAGUAUCAAUAUCAGGAGCAUUCAUAGUGACUUUCUAUAAGGGGCCACCAGUUUUUGAGGCUUCAUCCUCUUUUAAGACCUCUCUUCAGCAAAAUCUCGCACAAAUGUCAAACUGGGUUCUUGGAGGCCUUCUCCUUACAAUCACUUGUCUGUCUUCUGCAACAUGGAACAUUUUUCAGGCAGCAAUUGUUAAAGAGUACCCAGAAAAAAUGAUCCUAGUCUUUUUCUCCUGCUUCUUUGGGACCAUCCAAUGUGCAGUUAUCUCUUUAAUUGCAGAAAGAAAUGUAAGUUCUUGGGCACUGCAACCCAGGAUUCGAGUGAUUGCUGUUAUCUAUGGGGCAAUUAGUGGGAGUGUCAUCCGUAACAGUGUUUUAGCUUGGUGUUUGCAAAAGAAGGGGCCUGUUUAUGUGGCCCUGUUCAAGCCGCUAGGCACUGCCAUUGCGGUUAUCAUGGCAAUCAUAUUCCUUGGUGAAAUUCCUCAUCUUGGCAGUUUGAUUGGUUCUAUUGUAAUUGCCUUUGGAUUUUAUACUGUGAUGUGGGGGCAAGCCAAGGAGAAAGUAAUUGUUGGUGACAGUGUUCAUUGCUUGGAAUCAUCCACCCAAAAGACCCCACUUUUGCAAAACACAUAAUGCAAAGAUACAAGAAAGUUUUAUAAGAAUAUCCAUACACAUGCAAGCACAAAUGUUAAAUAUCCAACCAACCAGUACGGUACAACCAACAGUGAGUACUUUUUGCUUUUGGCCUAUGGCGUUGCACUACUUCCACCAUCCAUGGAAUGACAAUCGACAGGGAGAUGAUAAAGGCUAACGCCGCAUAACUAAAAUAUUAUUGCCAAUUAUUGUACAAUUUAGGCAUGGUACAUGAGAGGAAGCAUGGGAUCAGAAACUUCAUAGGGUAAAUUUUUCCUAGAGGGAUUAAAUAUCUAUGAUAUGUUCUGAUAUUUAAAGUUAAUAAACCAAAAAAGUAGUGGCUUAUUCGCCAAUGCAGCUUCUUUGUGUAUAGUUACAACUUUCAAUGUUAUAGUUUAUCCUUCGGC